UGGUCCGUCUACUCUCCUUCCGGUUGCUUCUCUCUGCCCCAUCCCCUUUUUCCACUCAAGUGGAGUUCACGCCGGUUCCUUGCAAUGGUGCGCUUCCUUCAUAUCCAGAACCGGCAACGAGCCCCGCUGACUAUUUGCGGGGACUGUCCUGCAGUGCAGGCUGAAGCAUCUCCAUAUUCUCUAGUUGACAUCUGCUUGAAUGCCUUGGUUGCUGAUUUGGAAAAAUUUUGUACAGAAAGGCCAGAUGGAUCAUUGUGCUUGAAAGAAUCUGAAAGACUGCCUCAAGAAGUGGCUGAUCAAUUACUCCAGACAAUGGCAUAUCGAGAGCUAUUGAAUGAUGGCACAGUGGGCAUUUUUCGAGGCAACCAAAUGCGUCUGAAACAAGCUUGUAUCCGCAAAGCAAAAAUCUCAGCCCAGUCCUUCAAGAAGGCCUUCUGCCAUCAUAAACUAGUAGAACUGGAUGCUGCGGGAAUGAAUGCUGCUGUUACUGUUGCAGAUGUUGUGAGUGGGCUGGGCACCAGUACAUGGAUCCAGAACAACCUUCAGUGCCUUGUCUUGGACUCAUUAACUUUUUCUUCCACAAAUCCUCAUGAAAGGUGUUUUAGUCAGUUGUCUGGCCUUCGUUCUUUAAGUAUUACCAAUGUGCUCUUCCAUGAUGAAGAUCUAGCAGAGGUCGCUUCCCUGCCAAGAUUAGAAAGCCUGGAUAUAUCCAACACCUCAGUCACUGACAUAACUGCACUCCUUACCUGCAAGAAUCGACUGAAGUCUCUAACUAUGCAUAGUGUAAAAUGUUUGAAAAUGUCUACACCAAAGUUCUUAGAUGUAAUAGCAGAACUAAACAAUCUGCUUCACCUUGAUAUCUCAGAUGAGCAGCAUUCUACAUCAGAUAUUCCCUUUCAUUUACUAGGGCGGAAAGACAUUCUGCCCAAUCUUGUGUCUUUGGACAUCUCUGGAAGUAAAUACAUUACUGAUGAGGCUGUAGAAGCAUUUGUCCAACAGCGACCAAGAAUGCAGUUUGUGGGGUUGCUGGGUACUGAAGCUGGAUUCACAGAGUUCCUUUCAGGAGAGGGAAACUUGAAGGUAUCAGGAGGAGAAAAUGAAAUGCAGAUUUUGGAAGCUCUGAAACGGUACAGUGAAAGGGCAUGCUUUGUGAAGGAGGCCUUCUUUCACCUUUUUACUCAGACGUGUUUUAUGAGAAUUACAAAGCCUGAAAUCCUAAAGCUUGUGAUUAUUGGAAUGAGGAAUCACCCUUUGGACUUGGCAGUACAAUUAACUGCUAGUGCCUGUGCCCUUAACUUAACUAGACAAGGCCUAGCAGCAGGCAUGCCUGUUCGUCUGCUCUCCAGUGUAAUCCAGUUGCUCCUCAAAGCAAUGGAAACCUUUCCUGAACAGCAGCAGCUCCAGAAGAACUGUCUCCUUUCAUUAUCUAGUGUCAGAAUCCUGCAAGAUGUUCCUUUUAACAGGUUUGCAGCUGCCAAAUUUGUUGUUCAGUGGCUAUGUAACCAGGAAAAUCAACAUAUUCAAAGAAUUGCAGUUAAUAUAAUCUCUAUCCUAGCACUUAAGCUUUCAGAUGAGCAAGCUGCACAACUAACUUCAGAGUUCUACAUUGUUGUUGGGAAACUUCUUGAAAUAGUUGAACAGAAAACAAAUCAGAAUGAAUUAGAUACAACUUUCCAUUUUACAUUGAGCGCACUUUGGAAUCUCACAGAUGAAGCUCCAACUACAUGUGGCCACUUCAUGGACAACAAAGGUUUGGAGCUGUUCAUGAGAGUCUUAGAGACUUUUUCUUCAGACUCUUCUAUACAACAUAAAGUUCUUGGCCUCCUGAAUAACGUAUCAGAAGUGAAAGAACUACAUCCCAAGUUAAUGCAGAAGGACUUCAUAGAACAUGUCAGUGAACUGCUGAGCAGUGUUGAGAUGGAAGUCAGUUACUUCUCAGCUGGGAUUAUUGCCAAUUUGCUAUCGAGAGGAGAACAAGCAUGGACAUUGAGUCAAACACAGAGAAGAUCCCUGAUUGAAAAACUGCACUCAGCUCUUUUGAAGUGGCCAACACCAGAGUGCAAGAUGGUAGCACUACCUGCCUAUAGAUCCCUCAGACCUUUUUACCCAUUGCUUGACUGUUUUGCAUUACCUGGCGUACAGAUCUGGGCAGCCUGGGCGAUCCUCCAUGUCUGUUGUAAAACACCUGCCAGAUACUGUGCAAUAUUAAUAGAAGAAAAUGGAGUACAGCACUUAUAUAAUAUCAAAGAAAAUGUUCAGAGUGAUCCAGACGUCCAGUAUCUAACAACUGAAAUACUAACUUAUAUGGAUACUCACAUGAAAUAUUAUGGGAAACCUAAGCACUUAAAGGAGCCACAAGCCAAAUCAAAUGGAUAACUGAUGCUACACUGUACCUUCUUCCUGUAGUUUUCACAAGCUUUUGUGCUGGUGAUUUCUUAUCCUUUCACAGUCAUUUCAGAUCAAGAUGGCUCUUCCUAUACGAUCUGAAGAUACCUGUAUGGUAUGCACGCUUGGAAGUCCUCUCUAGCUAAUUGCUUUCAUUUGUAACUUGUGACAAGAAGAGUGGGGCACCGUCCCUUAUGAAACCAUGUAGUGGCUUACCACAAAGAAAUUGAAUAGAGCCUGGCCACUAACUCUAUUGCAAGCCACUAAUCUUUAUAGUGGCAGGAAAUGGGGACUUUGAAAGCACUUGUUCUUGGGCUAGUCAUCCUUAGUUUGACAGCUGAGGAACUGUUCCGUCCAUGUGUAUCAGCAAGAGGCAGGUUAUGGUCACCAAGAGAAAAUGAUUGAUUGAUGUUACCACUUCAAGGUGAAACUGUUUUCUACAUCCACAAACCGAGGAGUGAGGGAAAGAGUGUUUUGAAAAUAAUGGGUAGGGGAACACCAGCUUGUUCCAGCUAAAUGUUGGAUUUGUCUGAAGGCAUUAGGCCCGUCACAAGCUUUCAUGAGCUUCUUAUACACAUUUCUGAGUGGGGACUGUGUAUGUUUGAGAGGGGAUUCUGGCUUCUUGUCAAUUGUGCAGCAUAUUACCAUGAUUUGACAGAAGGUGCUGUGUAACUGUAUUUUGGGAGUAUAUAUACAAACUAUUUUUGUAUGAGGUCUGGGGUUCUUUCAAGGUGCUUUAAUAUCUAAAAUAAAAGGCAUGUCCAAUUAUGGCACUUUAAGAUGAUUGUAAGUUAUGUCUAUUAUCAACCUGGAUAGCAUUAAGGUUGAGGAGAAGCCUUUCUUUGAAAUAAAUCUUGCAGGUAGCAAGUUCACUUCGUGUGUGACUGGCAUAAUAAAGACAUUAUUUCAGUAGUUGUAAAACAGAAUGCUUUGUGCUACCAGGGUGGGGGGUUCUCCAAUGCAAGAGAGACAAAGAUCUACAUAAAAAAUAAAAUGGCUCUUUUGUCUAA